AUGUCACAAGUUAAAAUAGAAUCACCAAGAAUGAAAAGAGCCCACCUAAAUUUCCUGCAUCUCCCAGGAGAGAUCAGGAACGAAAUCUACACUCAACUCCUGGUCCUCCCCCGCGAAAGCAACAUCCUACCAUUCUAUGACUGUAAUCUAUACGACAUCUACCCCGAAAUCCUCUCGGUAUGUCGAAAAACCCACACCGAAGCACUCCCAAUCCUCUACGGCCUCAACACCUUCAUAGCAAACACAACACCAACUUCAUGCUUCCCGCGACUCACCCCCUUCCACGCACCCGUCCAAAGCUCCGCCAUGGUCGCAUUGAUCCGCAGAUAUUACGUCCGCAUCCGAUUAGAUUACCAACCGUCGUUCUCUUUCGAGCGGGCUCGGGACGCGUUUACGGGGAUGGAGGAACUGACGGUCGAUGUUUUCCGGAUGAACUUUGACAGGUGGUCACCCGGGGUUCUCACGCGGUUUGAGGGCGUGAGAGGCGUGAAGAAUGUGAGGAUUGUGGGGAGUACUUAUGGGUUUCCGCGGUAUGUGGAGUGGUUGGAGGGUUGUAUUGCUAGUGCUGAGGGUGUUGAUGUUGAGGGGUUUGAGGGCGAGGAGCAGACGGUUGUUGAGAAUGUAAGGAGAUGUGAUGGCCGGACUGUUGGCAGAGAGCUGGGUAUGAAUAUUGCUGAGGUUUAG